AUGGAUACGGUGGAAGCCUUCUCUUAUCUUCAAGGCACUAUACCGGCGUUGAUCAGCCGCAUGAAAGACCUCGCUGCUCACAAAUUUACCAACCAUACCGAAUACUAUGAAGCCUGUCACGGACAGAAACCUCUCCGGCUGCGAUGUCCUACGAACCACUCUAUACGACCCGUGCAACCGAACGAGGUCGUGCGCAUCGAACAAAAGCGAGAUACCUCCAAUUUUGAUAAAACUAUGGCUAAGGCCAAAAGUUCAGUGGACUCAAUCCAAUGCUCUGGUCGCAAGCGACGCGUGGACGAAGACCUAUCUAUCGGCCGAAACAAGCCAUUCGCUCCAGUGAACAAACGACACAAGGUUAUAAUCGAGUAUGACGGCCAUAUACAGAAGGUGCUUGAAGAGGUCGUCCGGGAUAUUGCUAUUUGCAGGGGCAAUAUACGACGAGCAAAAAUAUCGGUGAUGCAGACGCGCCUUCUUCCAAAGACAGUAGACAAAACUCUUUGUCUGGCGAAUCAUCAAAUGAGAGAAUUGGAUCCAUCACUGGUAGUUGCAUCAAGCUUCGUUCGCCGCGCACAAACCGGAUCCUGCGUGACCAGUGUCUCUGGCUCCGGAAAAAGCCAGAAAAAGCAAGUCACUGACUUUGCUGAUGAGCACUUGAAAAUAGCCCAUGAGCUUUGUGAGACAGCAGCACAUCAGGCACUGCGAACAGGCAAGUGUGUUUCGGAAAUCGAGGCUGUGUUGAGACAUCUCGAAAAGCUUCGGACAACGGUCAACAAUGAGAUCCGACGCCCAAGAGACCAGAUGCUGCAGCAAAUGACCGAAGAGGAGACUUCUGCAAAUACCCAUUCUACUUCGAUCGCAGCACGUCUCGCUAGAGUAGCCGCCAUUUCCACGGGGGAGCCGUUGCCUGUUGGAACGAGUAUUAUCGAAGUCGACUAUUCCUCAUAUUUAUCAGCUGAGUCCAGCUAG